AUGUUGACGAACAAGUAUAAUGAUAGAAAUAUUCUUCGUUUUCCUAAUCUCAAAUCACUUAUUCUUACUCAAUGUAUAUCAAUUGAACCAAUAAUUCAAAGCACAUCUUAUCUUAUUGAAUAUCAAUUAGAUGAACUUACAUUAACAUUUGAUCAUCAAGUGUUCAUACGGGAUUUUUAUGUAGACGAACAUUUGUCAAUUGAAUCUGAUACAGGACGAUGUCGAUUAAAAUCUCUUCGACUUGAUAUUAGCAAUGAAUUUACAAGUGGUGAUAUUCAUAAAUGUUUAGUAGGAAACUCUUCUUUUUCUUCGAAUUUUAUUGUGAAUCAAUGUGAAUCUUGUUGUAUGACUCUGCGUCGUUUAUUUAUUCGACUUAAAUAUACAUUUUUUCUUGAAAAUCUUAUUGAACAUGUACCCAAUCUCGAAGAAAUGUCAGUUCAGUUUGAAUAUUCAUUGAACUUUGAUUCAUUAUGGGAAUUAGAUAUUGAAACUUCGAGUCAAUCAAAUGAAAAUUGGUUUAAUAAAAUACCAAAACUACGAUAUUUUAGUUUAAAAACUUUCAUUUGUGAAGAUACGGAGUUUGUUUAUCUAAAACGGCUUCUCAAUAAUUUAAAUUAUGUUGAAAAACUUAAAGUUCAUCUUAAAAGUGAUAAAUUAAUCGAAACAAGAUGUCGAAAUAUAUGGAAAUCAUUGAUUGAUGCAAAUUUCAUUCGUCAAUAUUGUCUACCCGAUAAAAUAAUUAAUUUAAUUAAUUUUGAUUUUUAUAUUUAUUCUCAAUGUCAGUUAUCAUCGAAUGAUAUGAAAAGAAUAAUAAAUUCAUUUAAAAGUCAUUCUUUUUUUGUUGAUCAUAAAUGGACCAAUGUUAAAUGUUUAUUUGAUCCAAUAAUUGAAUGUCAACAUCUUUUCUCUUGUUUCACAAAUACACUUCAAUUUUCUGAUAGUCUCAAUAAUUAUUCACAUAUUUUCAAUUGGCCACCUAUCGGUUUUAUUUGGUUUGACUUAUAUCCAUCACUUCAUUUAUUUCUUGAACGAUUCAAUGAAUUAUCUCCUAAUAUUUCUUGUAUUGAAGUACACCAAAGUAAAUAA